UUCCUAGGGCAGGCUGACCUGGGGCUGAGCUGACACAGGAGAGCGCCCACGCCCAAAGCCACACUGUAGUGCUCUGCCACUUCUGCUGCAGAACCUCAAGCCUAGGAUGGAGACUUUGGGGCUCAGAACUCUCUCCCUUUCCUCUUCUCCCUCCAAGUGGAGUUAGAAUUGCCAGGGGUCGCAGAAGUACUCCCCCUGGGCUUACCUCUUCUAUACCUAUGUCCUAGGAACACUUAAAAAGGUGGGGGAGCCUUUUGGGGAGGCAACGCAGGGUUACCCAUGUGAAAAAGCAGCCCACAGAUCUUAUCACAUGCCUCGGGCGAUUAGAGAGGCAAGUGGAAGAAGGUGCGGUGAGGAAGUACUAUGUCACAUGCGCGUUUCAGGAAGCCAGCCAGAAGAUAGCAGGAGACUCGAGCUCUUGUCGGUUUCAGCAGAUUGGAACAACACAGAUUUAUCAGCAAAACUGUUGAAAGUAUAACCAUCCAAGAUGCCUGUCCCUCCCCCACCAGCACCCCCUCCGCCACCCACAUUUGCACUGGCCAAUACAGAGAAGCCUACCUUGAAUAAGUCAGAACAGGCUGGGAGAAAUGCUCUUCUGUCUGACAUCAGCAAAGGGAAGAAACUAAAGAAGACAGUCACCAAUGACAGAAGUGCACCAAUAUUGGACAAGCCCAAAGGAGCCGGUGCUGGUGCUGGUGGCUUUGGUGGAAGCAGCGGGUUUGGCGGAGGAGGGGGCAGCAGUGGAGGAGGAAGCAGCGGUGGUGGUGGAAAUUUUGGAGGGGGCGGACCUCCCGGCCUGGGAGGACUGUUCCAAGCUGGAAUGCCGAAGCUGAGAUCCACGGCCAGCAGAGAUAAUGAUGCUGGAGGAAGCCGACCGCCAAUUCUGCCGCCAGGAGGAAGAUCGGCGUCUGCCAAACCCUUCUCGCCCCCCAGCGGCCCGGGGAGGUUUCCCGCGCCUUCUCCCGGCCACCGCAGCGGGCCCCCGGAGCCUCCCCGGAACCGAAUGCCUCCGCCGCGGCCCGACGUGGGCCUGAAGCCCGAGAGCCUUCCCCCUCCCGUACCGAACACGCCGAGACCCGUUCAGUCGAGCCUGCACAGCCGGGGGUCGCCCCCAGUGCCCGCGGCGCCCAGGCAGCCCGGCCUCGGGCCCACGCCUCCGCCCUUCUCCGGGAACCGCGGCGCGGCCUUCGGGGGCGGCUCCGGGGGGCUCCGGCGGCGCCGACGAGAUCCCCAGGCUCCCGCAGCGGAACGUGUCGCUCACCUCGUCCUCGUCCGCGCCGUCCUUGUCGUCGGCGGGGCGCUCGGGCCCGCUGCCUCCGCCGCCCAACGAGAGACCCCCUCCUCCGGUGAGGGACCCACCGGGCCGCUCAGGGCCUCUCCCACCGCCACCACCAAUAAACAGAAAUGGUAGCACAAAUCGGGCCCUGCCUGCCACCCCUCAGUUGCCGUCCAGGAGUGGAGUAGAUAGUCCCAGGAGCGGGUCCAGGCCUCCUCUUCCUCCAGAUAGGCCUGGUGCUGGGGCGCCACCCCCACCGCCACCAUCAACAUCGAUUAGAAACGGCUUCCAAGACAACUCAGGGGAAGAUGAGUGGGAAAGCAGAUUUUACUUCCAUCCGAUUUCUGAUUUGCCACCUCCAGAGCCAUAUGUACCAACAGCCAAAAGUUAUCCCAGCAAAUUGGCAAGAAACGAAAGCCGGAGUGGAUCCAACCGAAGAGAAAGGGGUGCCCCUCCCCUUCCUCCCAUCCCAAGGUGAUCUUUGCCUGCUCUUCUCUCUCUAGGCUCCAGAGCGCCUUCUGUUGUUGCUGUCUGAGAAUUGCACACCCUCUUCCCCUUCCCCUGUCCCCUUCAUUUGUGGCAGGCAGGAAGAAGAGAGGGUGAGGGGAAUUUGUGUGUGAGGGGGUGGGGAUCCAGUAGAGAAACGCACCUAGCUUUUUAUGUUCUGUAUAUUCUCACAGCUAUUGCUUGCUUCAGCUACAGCCUGCCAGUGUUGGCUUUGGGAUCCGUAGACUUUUGUGCAAAUAGGUAGAGACGCAUUGUAUCCCGGCCCUCAACCAAACAUUCCCUGAGUUUGCUACAGGCUAUAAUUAUGAAAGCCCCGGAGAGCUGUUAUUGCCCGUGCUUUUUUCACAUGCUUGGCCUCCUGUGAGCCUGUUUCCAUGAACCACAGACCGCCAAGGCGAGUUGCUGAGCAAGGGCUCACACGAAGCUUCUGCAGUUACAGAAUGCCGAGUCCUGGGCAUUCCAGGUAGGCGCAAGGGCACAGCUGUCCAAUAGAAAUAUAAUGGGAGCCCCAUAUAUAGUUUUUAAAUUUCUACUAGGCACAUUUUUGUAAAGGUAAAAAGAAACAGGAGAAGGUAAUUUUAAUAUAUUUUCCUUAGACCUGUACAUCCAGAACAUCAUUUCCACCUCUAAUCCACUUAAGAAGUUUUUUUUUUUGUUUUUUUUUUUUGUUUUUGGUUUUUCUCCGGUACCGGGAACCGAACUCACGACCUUGCGC